UUCCGACGGCCCACCCCUCGGCUCCUACCCCCGCCUCUCUCGCCGUCAGGCGUCGCCGCCAUCGCCGUCCCCGUUCUUCCUCGUCGGGGCAUCGAGAUCCUGCUGUCUGCCUGUCUCCGCCCCGUCCGCAAGUCUCCGUGGAAACAAUGGGGCAAGAACAGAAAGGAGAAGAAGCAUCCAGUUCCAGUGGCAUUUAUACUUACAAGCAUCGCGAUGACAAGGGAGUCGAUACCCAUGAGAUUUUUCUCAAGAGGAGCAGAGCCCGUGUCCUGCUGUCGUACGCUGGAGUCGUUUUCCUUCUCGCAAUUGUCUGCCAGUCAUUUCUGGGGAAGGAGGGGUUAUGCCUCGGAUCAGUGUGGAGUAUCACCUUUGGAGUCCUGGUUGCCAAAUGUUUGCAAUACAAACCCGUGAUGAAAGAGUCGGUAGUGAUAAUGCCAUCUUUUGGGGUUCAGCUAGAAAUACAUUUUUGGAGCAGAAGAAUUGGUAGAGACAGAUGUGGUGUGGUUCGCCAGCAAUUCCCUCAUGAACAAACAAUCCUCAUGUUACAGAGUGGAGCAGUUGAUCGCCGUUUCAUACCCAUUGGCAAGAUUCUGAAGCCACUGCUGAACGAGUGUGUGACACCGGUCACCUGUUACUGGAGCUUGGUGUUGCUUCUUCGUGAUGAAGAGGAACUCAAGCUAGUUUUUCAGGUUCGCUGCCCAGUCAAACUUUUGGAGUUCUGAUUACUAGCAUAUGCAAAAGUGUAUUGAUUAGUCAUAUGAAAAUAUAGCUCAAUUCUUUUGUAUAUAUGAAAAGCAUGGGUUCAUCAUCUUGCAAGGUUUUCUUCUAGCAUGUUUUUUCUGAUUAUCUUGUACUGUAUAUAACAGUCGUAAGUUAUAGCCAAAAUCUUGCACUUAGGACUCUGACAGCCGGACUCUGUCUAUAUUUAUGGACAGGGGGAACUUGUCAUUUGUAUGUAAUGUAGCAAGACACUGUUGUUGUAGAAUGAGGAUAAACGGUUCACAUGACUUA